UCCAGUCAAUCUGUACGUGGCCGAGUGACGGUGCAGAGUGUUGGUGGGGCUCCGCGUCAUUUCACCUUAUAUCUCCAGCCCAAGGAGUUUACCCGCUCUGGAAUCAGGUGAAAAGUGUGUGUGAAGGUGCAGGCUGUCAGUGUGGAAAAGUUCAGGCCUGAAAUCUAGUGAGAAAGGUUCGAAAAGUGAGUAAAAUAGUGCAGUGUGAAGUCUGUGCCUCGGUUGUGGGCCAGACAAGAUGGCGGAGUGGGAGCGAAGGCCGUGAGGAGGUCGCCGUGCCUCACUCCAGCUCAGGAUUACUAGCACGGAUUUACUCAGGAAUUGGAGCCUCCUCCCGCAGUAUCCUUCAGCCAGCACUCACAGGUAUGAUGAAGGCGCGAUUCUACCUGCGGCUUCUGUGCUCGGCCCCGGGAGACAGCUAAGGGAUGGCGGCGCCUGCAGGAGGAGGCGCGUCAGGGAGCCAGGUGGCGGUGGGGUCUGCGGGCGUGAGUGUGAGCCUGUCUGAGCUCAACCCUCACUUCGUCUGCGUGCUGUGCUUCGGCUACUUCGUCGAUGCCACCACCAUCACAGAAUGCAUGCACACCUUUUGCAAGUCGUGCAUCGUUAACUUCCUGCGCACGAAGCGGCACUGCCCCCACUGUGACACCCUCCUCACCAAGACCCGCCCCUACAACAGCCUCAGGCCCGACCGGGUGAUGCAAGCGCUGGUGUUCAAGACAGUGCCGGGCCUCUUCCAGGUGGAGAUGAAGAGGAGAAUCGAGUUUUACCAGAGCCAUCCCCAUGCAGACUACGAGCAGGACGUGGAGGACUUCCAGCACUACGUCUUUAGUCCAGACGACUCGGUCAGCCUCUCCAUCCGCUACUACAACUUCAGUGAUGAUGCGAGCAAGAAGCAGGAGCAGGAGCCGCAGCAGCAGCAGCAGCAGCAGCAGGACAACAAGCAGCAGAAGGAAGAGAACGCGGCGGACACAGGCAGCGUGGUCAGAUACUUCCGCUGCCCAGCCACAGUGCCUGUCGCCGUACUCAAAACCCUCGUGAAGACCAAGUACCGCGUGCCCGAUCCCUUCAGAGUGGAGCUGCUUUACGGGGACGAUCGCCUUCUGGAUUCCUGGACGCUGAUGGAGGUGGCUUACAUCUACAAGUGGAAGAGGGAGUCGCCCAUGGAACUGAGCUUUCAAGUGGUGGCCACGAGGAAGGUGAGGAAGCGACGCCAAGUGUCUGCCACCCCGAGCGUUUCUGGGGACAAGGAGGAGAUCCCGGUGUUGAGCAACAGCACUGCGCCGCCGCCCGAAGAGCCUCCAGAAAAGGUGGCGAGGAUUGAGGCUCCCUGUCCCGACACUGCUAACGUCAUGCUCACGGAAGGCCAGACUUCCAUGGACACCAGCCCUCCCACUCCUCCUGAGACACCAGAGGGAGGACAAGACAGGGAGAGUGAACAGUUUCCUGUGGAAGGGCAGACUGUCACUGACCCACAAGGCGAUGAGAACGAAAACACGACUGACGGUGAGGCGCCAACGCUGCAGCAGCAGCCUGAAGCGGAGCAUACCAUGGAGGAGGAGGCGCCUGAACUACAGGCUGAAGUGCCCCUCACUGUGCAGGAGAAUGGGCUGCCUGAAGAGAACACUCAGCAGUGCAAAGAAGAGGUGAAUGGCGAGGACGCAGAGAAGCACAACAUGGAAGCCAGCGAGGACUUCGACACCUCAAAGGAAUCGAACGACCUCAUUGUUGAUCACGAUUCUGAGACGCCGCUGGAAGUUGAUACAAGCCAUGAGACGGAACCAGACGGAGAAGGGGAAGGCGAUGGUGACGGCGACGGCGAGCAGGAUGGAGAUUCAAACAGGGGCGGAGGGAAGGACAACGAUAACUCCGGUAAUCAUGCUGUUGACGGAGAGACGAACGGAAAACACUGCAGAGACGACGAACAGGAAGACAGCGCCAUCGACGUCACGGAGACCAGUGCCAGCGAGCCCAUGGACAGCGACGAUAAGGACACGGACCUCAACGUGAGCACGGAGUCCAAUGAGCUGGAGGUGGAGGAGCACUCUGAGGGCGGCACCACCACGCGGGAAGUGCAGACCGACGAGGGUCCGCUCAACCUGAGCCAGGGCUGCAGGGGCGACAAGAACUUCCGGAAAGACUGCUAUGUUUUUACUGACAACGAGGAUGAUGAGGAAGACUGCGGGGAUCAGGAGGAGGAACAUGAUGAGGUGGGUGCGUUAGAUCUUUCCCGCCACGCCCGGAGCGUGAGGGAGGCGAGGACCCAGCGCGAGAGUCUGGAGUCCCCGCCUGGUGACGGGAGCGGUAAAGGUGAAAACCGCAACGCUCGAGGACAAGGCACCCAGACGAUUCUCUCCAUUACGCAGAGCAAAAAGUCUAAAAAGCUGAAGCAGCCGUCCGCGAGUUCCACCGGGGCAGCCACGCCCUCUGUUCAGACGGCGUCCAUCGUUGCACCGAUUACAAGGCCGCCGAUGCCACUCGACUGGGCAUGUUCAUCUUUGGUGCCCACCCCAGUUAACCCUCAGGCUGUUGCAUUCAAUGACCUCAUGACCUUAUCCCACGCCGCUGUUCAGCUGCAGCUGAUGGCGCACCACGCUCAGGCACAAGCUCAAGCCCAGGCCCAGGCCAGAGCACAGGCGGCGGAGGUGCACGCCAGGGCUCAGGCGGAGGUGCUCAAGAGCCUCAAAUCCACCGAGUCUCUGAGUUUCGUGAACGGCUCAGGCGACACGCUCACCAUCAGUCCUAUCACCGCCACCUCGCCGGAUAUUAAGUCCAAGACAACUUAUUCCAAGGCCGUCACCAAAUCCCACCACACUCCAAAGACAGUCAAUGGCAACACUUAUAGUAAAAAUAUGAAUAACAAAUCUCACAACACAAGCAAGUCAGGAGGAAGCAUCAGCAGCAGCAGAGUCAGCAGUGCUGCUAUCAAUCACGGCAGCAUCCGAACAACAAUUUCUAAGUCUGGCCUCGCUGCCUCCCUGAAAAUACCCAAUGUUUCUGUCGGUUCCAAGACCAACGGCACCCCGUCCCUCUCCACCACCAAGCCGGAGAAGGAUCACCCGGAGAGGACUGGUGACCCGGUCUUCAAAAUAACAAACCAAAAGUUAGCAGAGUUCGUCAGAAUGCAGAAAAUGAAGCAAAGAAAUCACUUUAAAUCCAGCACCACCUCAACCACCACCACCUCCUCCUCAUCAUCAUCAAAUCUGACCUCGUCCCCAUCCCUGAGCACCUGUCCCUCCUCCAAGCCUCACACCAAUAGUCCCCUCAAGGUCUCCUCGAGCUCAGGACCGACCACCAGCCUCAGCAGCUCCGUGACUCGGCCUAACACGGGUUCUAGUCAGAGCAUUCGUGCCACCAACACCAGCGUCCGUCAGAUCCCCAACCCCUCAUUCAUUCGCCAGCAGUCAGAGUCUCGGAUCACCAGUGGCCUCACCGGACUGGGAUUGAAUAACAGGAAACCUUCGGAGUCCAUAAGUAGGAUCGAGAGUCUAACGAGAUCCCUGCACGAAAAGGUGGCCGCUUCCUCCCGAGCGGCGAUCAACUCCGCCGCCAGAUAAGCGGAGGAGGACGGCGAAGAUCCUCAACUCGCCUUCUGGCUGCUCAGCCUCACGGUGACUCAGCGCUGUGUCGACCUGUUCAUGGCGGGGAAAAAACGACAGAAAUCACUUAUCCAGAGUCCCUCCGCACCCCAUCGUUGCUGGUGUAGACUUGGUGCUAGAGGUGUUGUGCUUUUACUUCCUGUACAAAGUGGUGAUGUGUAAAUAUGGCAGCCACCCUCUUGUAGGUGUGUACCAGCGGAGGGUAAAGUGGAUGUUAUGCCUGCGUGGUGAGCCGCGCCGCUAGGCCCCGCGGCCUGACGGGCCCCGGACUGGUUGGCUCACCAUAUGCGUAUUCCAUUGACAAAACUUAUUUACCCUUAGUGAUGUAGAUCUGAUAUCUCGUGGGACAGGUCCACAUACAAAAAAGUGAUAUAGUAUUUAGAGGUAGCGAGUUAAGGAUGAACUUUGGCUUGUAAUCUGGCUUUAAUUUGAACUUUCGGUGGUAGUGACGACCCCGGACGGUGCCUCGCUACAAGGUCACUGCGCUUGCUGACUCUGUAAUAACGAGGUAGUAUAUUUUUAGUUUGUUUUCCAGGCUCUCCCACGAGUCUAUUCAAGGGUCCACCGGCCCGGGGUUGCCUCUCCCGGGGCCACCGCGGCCCACAGCGAGGCUCAUGUUUUCUGCGGUCGUCCUACUCCCGCUUCACCAAAGAGCUUUUCCGAUGCCGACUUUCCCUUUUAUUGUUUGUGCUCCGGCGUGUGUACAUAGUGCGGGUAGUGGUAGUAUAGUCGUGUUUAUUAUUCCAGUUGAGUGUCGCAUAUAAUCAUGACUUUCUUCUUUUUGUCUUCCUUCUCGUAGUUCUUAUAUCAUAAGCACAUUGUUAUCUCGGGCAGGACACUCAGUCUGGCUUCUCUUCUCCCGUGCAUUAUGCUCCACUACCAUAUUAUUGUUCUUAUUUAUAUCAGUGACCUGUGUACUACGUAGUGCUUAGUUCCCCACCCCUGGUCGCGGCCACGCAGCCCCUCACGCCUGGCCGGGGCGCCCCUCACUUCGCUGUUGAUUGUUUGUUUACUGUGUUAGUUCCUGAGUAUGGGUGCUGCCGAAGGAGGAUGUGACCCAGAACUGCAGCCGCCCUAUCGUCCUGUCGGACAGUCUCGCCUGACUGGGGCUGGGCAUGCCACACCAGGCUCCUCUCGCCCCGCUCUGGUUCACAUGAGUAGUUUGUACCCACUGGCUGAAUGUAGAGCUCGAGAUGAGUAUUCAGAGCAGAGGGCAGCGCAGUGUAGAGUGGUCUGUAAUCCUCCUUCGGCAGUACAGAGGUGAGGACAAAGGGUGUUGCUGGUAAGAGAGUGAUGGCGCAAGAGGGACUUAAAAGGCUUUUACCCUCCUUCCUCCAGCGCCCUCCCCCUGUCCCAGGCUCUCCUCCCCUGCUGGUCGUCUCGAGUCCAGUACGUUUCGGUUAUGUUCCUGCGGAAAUUACUUUGCGUUACAGUUGUAAAUGAUCCACAUUAUUAUUGUUGUAUCCAGUAAGAUUAUUUUAUUAUUUAUGCAAAACAUGCGUGCCAUGAUGAGUUUGUUUGUCGUUUUACGUGACUUAUUUGUGUGAGUGUUGGUCAGUGUGUUAGUCUCCGUGUCUACCUUGAGGGCAUUCAUUAUUCGCCGCUGUCAGCUACACGUGUGUACCACUCACACACACACACACACACACACACACACACACACACACACACACACACACACACACACACACACACACACACAGGAUCACAUAACCGCUCCGAGCAAGUCAACAUGCUGCCGGUGCUGGUGGCGGCGCUGCAACGGUGUGCCGGGUCAGCGUGAAAGCAGACAGUCUCGCCGCCAAACCUGACAAAACGCAUGACUCAUGGAAAGUCUCUUUAGUGCGGGUCAAAUACGUCUCUGAGGAAUCAUAGAGUUGGGUGGAGUUUUCCCGAGACAAAUUUAGUUUUCACAUUUUCAAACGCGGCCACAAGUUUUUGCCAAGUCCUCCACAGAGACACCGACACAGCUAUAUCUUCACCUGGUAGUACAAAUGCCUUAAUGAAUAGGAGCAUCGAUAUAGCUCAACAUUUUAGUUGGUGGGUGUUUUGUUUCCCACUCAAGGAAUCCGCCAUCUCAGACCCCUUGACCCUUCGGUGCAGGACUUGGCUGUUGACGCCUGCCUUGAAGCUCGCCGAGGCCACCACCGCCACCAGCACAGCAACAACACACCACACUGACAGUAAUCAAACAUACUAAGUAAUGCCCGAAAGCACGCACUGCACAAAAGGUCAGCAAUCACAGCGUGGCCAUGGAAGCCGGAGCACCAUACCCGACGCGGCCGCUCACCACUCCCAUACACCACGGGUGUGCGUGCUGCCCUCUGUCGGCCUGGUCCUUUCCUGGGGACAGCGACUGAGGCACACCUGGAGCGCGGCCCAGGUGUGCUGCCAGGUACACUCAACACUUAGGGCAUUCGUGACUCCUGCGUGAUAAUAUAUACAAAUGUAUGUAUUAUACAUUUGUGUGUUUGUGUUGUAGUUAGUAUGAAUGGAAUAUGCGUCUCUAUGUUCAAAAUCUACACUUAAAUAUAAAUAUAUAUAUAUUUACUGUUGCAAGGGUCAGUUUUCAUUGAAGGUUCGUCCUGGACGGCCUUCUGCCUCCCUCUGUUACUCUGUGCUCCUCUGUGUGUGAACGCGGGCCGCGCCUUCCGCGGCACGCGAGGCCCCGGGCGGCGCCGUCCGCUGGUGACGUCAUGGGUUUUAUCUUCAUUUACUUAACUUGCUCUUCUUAGUUUCUCUCCUCUCCUUGAACACCAUUGGUUAUCAUUACUCAUUAAAAAAAUCAUAUUAUACCAUUCCUAUCUCCUGUUCAUAUCCGCAUCGUUCACGGUCAUAAUUUUCCCCUCUCCCAACCGUGGCUUAUUUCAGUUAUUAGUGUAUGACGUUACAUUAUGUGGAACGUACGUUGUCAUUCGUGUUUGCGUGGUGCCCGUGUCCGUGUUGGUGACCCGGCAGGGUGGUGGCGGCGGCGGCGACAC